GGUGGGCUGCAGUAGUGGAAUUGCAGUGGCCUGUUGCAGGAAUGAUUAGCAAAUUGGCACGUGGCAUUCAAGAAAUGACAAUAAUAGGCAAGAAGGAAGAGGAAAUAAGAUGUUCUAAGAUUUACCAGGGAUAAGAAGAUAGAGCUAUCACGAAAGAUUGGACAGGACAUGGGCUUGUGGUGGCUUUUGAGAGAUUAGUGGAGAAUGUAUUUACCAACCAAAGUGCUUCAAAAUUAUAGACAUUUCUGAUUGUGUUGGUUCUGAAGAAAAUGGAAGCCACAAGCAUAUUGCCCAUACUGAAGAAAAGGCUUGCCUUUCUUUCAGGAGGCAAGGACAGACGAAGUGGUCUCAUUCUGACAAUUCCAUUAUGUUCAGAACAAACCAACAUGGAUGAACUGAGCGUCACUCUGGAUUAUUUGCUCAGCAUUCCAAGUGAUAAGUGUAAAGCGAGAGGUUUUACUGUUAUUGUGGACGGUCGAAAAUCCCAGUGGAACGUGGUCAAGACAGUUGUACUGAUGCUACAGAAUGUGAUCCCUGCUGAAGUCUCUCUGGUGUGUGUGGUGAAACCGGAUGAAUUCUGGGACAAGAAAGUCACUCACUUUUGUUUCUGGAAGGAGAAAGAUCGACUAGGAUUUGAGGUUAUCCUGGUAUCUGCUAACAAGCUUACUCGCUACAUAGAACCGUGCCAACUGACAGAAGAAUUUGGAGGCUCGCUUGUGUAUGAUCACAUGGACUGGCUGAAUAAAAGACUGGUCUUUGAAAAAUUUACAAAGGAGUCAACAUCAUUGCUGGAUGAAUUAGCAUUAAUUAAUAAUGGAUCCGAGAGGGGUAGCCAGCAGGAGAAAGAUAGGCCAAUAGAAUAUAGUUUUCUUCCUUCUGUGGAUCCAGAAACAGUUUUACAGACGGGUCACGAGCUUCUAUCCGAGUUGCAGCAGCGUCGUUUUAAUGGGUUAGAAGGUGGCAUGUCGUGGUCACCAAUGGACGAUGAAUUGUUAGCUCAACCCAAAGUCGUAAAACUGCUGGAUUCUCUCCGAGAACAGUACACUCGAUAUCAAGAGGUUUGCAGGCAGCGCAGCAAACGUACCCAACUAGAGGAAAUACAGCAGAAAGUUAUGCAGGUUGUGAACUGGUUGGAAGGACCUGGUUCAGAGCAGCUGAGGACCCAGUGGGGAAUUGGUGAUUCUAUCCGAGCUUCACAAGCCUUGCAGCAAAAGCACGAGGAAAUCGAAAGCCAGCACAGUGAAUGGUUUGCAGUGUACGUGGAGCUUAAUCAGCAAAUCGCAGCACUGUUGAACGCGGGGGAUGAAGAGGAUUUGAUUGAAUUGAAGUCACUGCAACAGCAGCUGAGUGACGUCUGCUAUCGACAGGCCAGUCAACUGGAGUUCAGACAGAACGUGCUACAGACUGCACUCGAAUUCCAUGGUAUUUCCCAGGAUUUGUCCCAGCAACUGGAUGGGUUACUCGGGAUGCUAUGUGCUGACGUAGCACCAGCGGACGGAACGGCUAUUCAGCAAACACUAAAACUCCUGGAGGAGAAACUGAAGAGUGUUGAUGCUACACUACAGAGUUUACGGGAAAAAGGUCAGGGUCUUCUUGACCAAAUGACAUCCCAGGCUCCAUGGACAUUUGGAAAGGAUGUGUCCAUUGAAAAUAAAGAUAACAUAGAACAUAUCCAGGGUCUGAUGGAGGAUAUGCAACUUCGAAAGCAAAGACUCUGUAGGUGUGAAGAUAUGGUAGAUGUGCGGAGGCUGAAAAUGCUUCAGAUGGUGCAGCUUUUUAAAUGCGAGGAGGAUGCUGCGCAGGCAGUUGAGUGGCUAAGUGAGCUGUUGGAUGCCCUUUUGAAAACUCAUAUUAGACUUGGAGAUGAUGCUCAGGAAACCAAAGUUCUUCUGGAAAAACACCGCAAAUUCGUUGAUGUUGCCCAGAGCACCUAUGACUACGGAAGACAGUUGCUACAAGCCACAGUCGUACUGUGCCAAUCCCUUCGAUGCACGACUAGGUCAUCAGGAGAGACUCUACCAAGGUUGAACAGAGUCUGGAAACAGUUUACAGUAACCUCAGAGGAGCGGAUUCACCGACUGGAUUUGUCCUACACAUUUCACUUAGAUUCUGAAAAGAUUCUGAAGGAUAACUCACAACUAGAAGAGCAGACUGAAGCCUGUAAGGAGUUCCUGGAAAAGAUUGAUGAAGUUGAAGCUACUGGGAAAUCACUAUUAGACAGACUAACUGUGCCUGUGAUUUACCCAGAUGGAACUGAACAGUAUUUUGGAAGUCCCAGUGACAUGGCCUCCACAGCAGAACACAUCCGAGAGAAGAUGAGACUGGUUAGCCAAAAGAAGGAGCAGUCAUUAGAGACCAUGCCACCAGACUGUUAAUGGAUCAGUCCUUUACCUUUCGUCCGAUAUUGAGACUGGAAUCACCUACUCAAGGUCCAUCUUGAAAAUGACUGCAGUUUUUUGUGUAUAGUGGCACCAUUUUACAUUGAAAGAAGAUGCUGAAACCUUAGGUGUGUAUUAUAUAUGAAAAAUUAUGGUACAAACCUGUUCUACGGUUGAGGGAAGCAGAGACUCCAUUCCAUGUAAAUCUGCACUGCUUACAUUUGAACACAAACCAUCGCAAGGCUUUGACUGUAGAAGAUGUAUUGACUGAUUGAUCAUGUGCUGCAAUGGUACUAAGAUCUGAGAAUGAAAUGAAAAUAUGAAGCAUUGCACUGAUUGAAUUCCUAUCUCGAGAGCUUUACAGUCCUGUCAGCUGUAACGGUUGACUUAAAAGCUUAAUGGUGCUAUGAAAUUUUUAGAAUGUCGAUGCACUAAGCAGAACCUUUUAACUGUUCUUAGACAGGUGCUGUAGUACUUUUAGGCUUUUAAUAUAUCUGUUGUUAGAUCGUGAUAAAAUGUUUCCCAUACAGUUAUCUCUUAAUUUUGAUAUUUUUGAAACUGCUGCUUUACUUUUGAUUGUGCCAAUAUGUAAUGUACACUACAUGCCUUUGAUGUAUUUCCUUGUUUUUUUCCAAUACCAUAACUUGUUGUUUUACAUAUUGUACUAAUUAUGUAUUAAAUAAUACCCGUGUAUAAUAAGCUUUAAAAGUAUAGAUCAACUUCUGUACUUGUUUCAACAGACCCAACAUUUCAAGCAGCAAAUUUGCAUUGGAAAGUCAUGGUCCUCAUCUUUGCAAAAAAUAAAAUGCAACUUGUACACUG